AUGCAGCAAGUGUUGUGGAAAAAACAUUUCGAAGAACUGUACGGUGCGGUGAAAGACAUUUUGCAUCAUCAUGCGUACGAGGAUUGUACGAUCGUUUGCGAAGGGGAACUGUUUCGGGCGCACCGAUUUUUGCUCGCAAGUGUUAGCCCAUACUUUCAUAAAAUUCUCGCCCAGAACGACACAAACACAACUGUGGUUCUGAAAGAUGUAUCACCACACGUAAUGCGCAUCAUCAUGCAGUUCCUGUACUACGGCGAGGCCACCAUCUUCGACGGUGAUCUGGAGAACGUAGUAGCAGCAGCGGAACAUUUGGACCUCAUACCGGUGGUUGCCAUGUUGCGAAAUUUGGGCAAAGAUCAAUCGCACAGCCGAUCCGCGGCUAGCUUUCUCGGGUAUCACGACACCAUCACGACAGAUCAUGCCGCUGCAACGCCGAGGAUAAGUGUACGAUCGCAGUACAUGGCACCACGCAACAGGAAGCGAAUUGCGCCAGACUCGGACGAUGAACAGCUAACCGAUGGACAGGGACUCAGUCCGGUGGAACUAACGACAACUUCGAACCGGGACAAGGAAUCGAGUACCGCACGGCAAACAUCACCCCAUCGGGCUCAGCAUGGAGGACCACCACCGCCAGAAGAUUUGUCGUCGGCGAUACCGGAUACGACACCGAUGCGCGAACCGGAUGUACUACCAACGGCGCAUGAGACGGCAAUAUCCCCACGGGCAGUAUCCCACACCUCAUCGAUCGACGAACGGGAUAAGCUGUGGACGUACUACGACAGCGUAGGGAUGAAGCUGCUUACCGAUGCCGUACAGUCGACAGCAACCGAUGCGGACAAGCGGAAGCAGACGGGAACGGGCAGAAAUGUGGCGUCCGGUGGCAAAACUGCACCAGCUGUGUAUGACCAUGACUUACGCACAAGCCUGACCGAUCACGAAACACCACACCUCGCCACAAUGACACCGGGCGAAAAGUGGUUCCAGGGCCGGUUGGAGUUUAUGCUUAGCCAGCGCGGCAAACCGCUGCUCGUCCACGAUGGCCACUCGUUCGGCAUACAGUACAUCCGGAAGGACAAGAAGUACUGGCAAUGCAAUCUUUCCCGAAAAUACAACUGUAAGGCACGGGUAACGACCACCGAUACGGGUGACAUCAUCGUGACGAACAACGAGCACUGCCACACCGAGAUCCGGCAGCAUCUGCGCAAAGACUACAAAACGAUGAAGCUGGCCGCAUCGUUGGCGGCGAACCGUGGCCUAUCCACGUUGCCACUGUUUUCGCCCAAAUCGCUAACGCUACCGAACCUGGCGAACGCUUUCCUGCAGUCCGGGGGCAGUGCGGAGGCGGCCAACCUCUGCCAGACCAGUCCCAACGCAAGCCAUCAAAGUGAACCGACGCAAGAGUCAGGCAGCCUCAACCUCACCAUCAAUCAGCUGAUCAAACGGGAGACGGGUAACUACAGUGAAUGA